AUGGAUCACAACGCGUGGUCGCCGGCUGGACCAGGCAAGCACGGCUAUAUGCAGGUCGGACUCGGCCGGGACCGCAAGUUGUUCAACGAUCAAGGCGAAUACCGUCACGUCUUCGUAGGCGCGGGCAAGCUCUUCCUCUACUGCGGGUGGUACCACGUCUUGCGCGUCGACGCACUCACUAAGGACGAGUGGGGGACGCUCCCAGCUAAAGUGAAGUCGACGUACUCCGAAACUACUGUCAACAAGGAAAAAUCCGAUAGGCUUAAGUCCGCAGGACAGGUCCUAGCUAUGUACAACAGCGGCGAACUCCGCGCGCCAUGCGUUCGCCUGCAGUGUGUGGGCUUCGACACCGCACUUUACCAGGAGCUCGUCCGGGCGAACGACCGAUUCUACAGCAACAAACCUCGGCCGGGUCUUCCCGGAAAUAGUGCCAAGCGACGCAAGAUCGGCGGAGACCAGCCAAAGGACGAGGACGAAGACAAGACCAAGCAAAUCGCCGCCCCUGGGUCCUCUGAUGCUGGCCCUUCACGAUGGCUAUCUGAAUCCCCAUUGACAACUAUCGGCGAGACGCCAAGUCGGAGCGUGUCUAUAGCGGUCCCGCAGACCGACAUAAUGUUGCCAGCGAGAAACACGAGAGCUAUUUCACAGCAACAGGAGUAG